AUGUGCAAAAUCCAAAGAAGAACCGGCAACGGCAACCGCAAUGCGAACUUUUCCCCCUUUUACACGGAGCUAAGUAAAACAAAACAAACACAAAAACCAAAUCUGCCUACCACACAAGAAAUACCUAAGAAAACCAAACCAGAUCAGGACAAAUCCACUCAAGGAACACCUACUACAAUCAAAGCUCUCCAGAACAAAUCCACGGAAAAAAUACGAUCAUGGAUCAUGUGGAUCAUCAUGGAUGACCGGUAUUUGUCAACGCUUUACUGA